AAAGCAUUAAGAUGGUAUUUCACAGAAGGAAAAAAAAGCCUCAGUGACAUGCGUGUUUUAAAACAUGUUAUCUGGAUCAACAUUCCACUUGGCUGAACGUUAGGAAGCAAAUUCCAGCCGCAAAGAACGGCGAUGUUCUUUCUAAAACCAGCCCGUUAUUUCUAACCUAAACCAGGACCUUUCCCCAAAAGACAUGCAAUGGAACCCACCCCUAAUCUGGCCUCGGGGAAGGUACAACCCCUAAUGGAUAAACAUCACGUUGUUGAAUUGGAACUCACCAAUGGGGGAAUUAAGCAAAUUAAAGGGGUUGGCAAAUGACAUGGCAUCGGGGGGGAAGAGGAUGCUACUAAUUGUCUCGCUGCACAAGAAGUCUGGGUGGACAGGGGGUUUGUUUUAAAAGCAGAGUUAGGCAUUAAUACGUGGCAGGAUUUCUUUGCAAGAGGAGGGGAGCUGAGACUAGAGCCCUGGCUUGCUUCGUGUCAGUGUCUGGAUGUAACAAAGCGGGGGUGAGCGAGGGGAAGAGGCGGAGUCGGCAGCCCGGCGCUGCUAACCAAAGAUUACAGAGUGGAUCUUUGCUGCUAACUCCAGCGAGCAGCCUCAGCAGCAGCAGCAAUAACCCGAGUGCUGGUGAAACGCCAGCGCUGCUCCCCAUUGUGUCAGAGCGGAGAUUGCCUGCUUCACUGGCGCAGUCAGUCUACAAGCUGAAGCGGAGGAUACAUUUAGAAGUCGCCUGUCCUCCACAUCCUCCUCCUCCUCCUCGCAAGGACCUGGAGAGGCGGAGGCUGAAACACGGCGGCGCCUUUCCUCUGGCCGUCUUUACAGUUCUUGGCUCAAUGUGUGCUCUUUUCUACUGACAGUGGAUCUGUUCCCUCGCCGAGCGGAGCCAGCUUUAGAUCCAGAGUGUCCGCCAGAUGCUGCUGAAGGCGACCCCGCUCCUUCGGCCCAUCCUAUUGAGUUUGCCCCAUCUCCCCUCGGGUAUCUUGGAAUAUUAAACAUAUAAACAUAUAUAUAUCUGCAAGAAUAUACAAAUACAAGCAACAAAAUGGACGGGUUGUCGAAGAGGAAUGAGAAGUUGGAAGUGCCAGAGGAGGAAGAAGUGGAUCCGAGAAUUCAGGGGGAACUCGAGAAGCUGAACCAGUCGACAGAGGCUAUUAAUCGCCAGGAAACUGAACUAGAGGAAGGCCGGCAGAAGUUUCGAACGGUUUUAGUUGAAGCCACAGUUAAGCUUGAUGAAGUAGGGAAGAAGGUGGGAAAAGCGGUGGAUGAUUCCAAGCCAUACUGGGAGGCCCGAAGAGUCACACGUCAGGCCCAGUUGGAGGCCCAGAAAGCCACCCAGGAUUUUCAACGCGCCACGGAGGUGUUGCGGGCAGCCAAGGAAACGAUUGCUCUGGCUGAACAGAGGCUGCUGGAAGACGAAGAGCGUCAGUUUGAUUCGGCGUGGCAGGAGAUGCUUAAUCACGCAACACAGCGGGUUAUGGAAGCAGAACAGACCAAGACGAGGAGUGAGCUGCUGCACAAAGACACGGCCAUGAAGUACAAUGCAGCAAUGAGCAGGAUGAAGCAACUUGAGAAGAAACUGAAGCGAAGCAUUAAUAAAUCCAAGCCAUACUUUGAACUGAAAGCGAAAUACUACCUGCAGAUGGAGCAACUGAAGAAGAAUGUGGAUGAACUGCAGACCAAGCUGUCUUCAGCCAAAGGGGAGUACAGAGCUGCCUUGAAGAACCUGGAGAUGAUCUCUGAUGAGAUUCACGAGAGGAGGCGUUCCAACGUUAUUGGACCCAGAGGGCGAGGGGUUGGUGCUGAGGGAAAUGAAAACUCUCUCGAAGACUUAUCCAGCCUGAAGACAGACCCCGAUGAGUUAUCUGUGACAUCUGAGAUAUUUGAUGAUGACAAUUGCAGUGACCAUGUCUCUGAAGAUUCGGAGAGUCAGUGUGAGUCCAGUUUAGGCUCCUGCCCAACCAGCCCCUUGGACCAGCCGAACCCCUUUCCUCUGGUGACUCAUCCCCCCAGCAUGGAGCUGUUGAGCCCACUGUCUGAUUGUGCGACAGGCUCUCCUGUUCUGGGGCCUCGCAGUGAAUGCAGCGGAGCUUCCUCUCCCGAGUGUGACGCUGAACGAGGGUACAGGGCUGAAGGUGUUGAAAGCACAGACAAACUGAUGAAUCAACAAACCAUUGAUGAGACAGCUCUGAAUAUCAGAGUAACUCAAAUAUCAGUCAAGUGCACCCAGCCACAGGAGAAGCAAAUUUCAGCAUUAGAAAUCUGCAGUUUAGCUGGCUCAACUUCGUAAAUAAUGAUGUGAAGCAACAUCUUAAACAUGCCAGAAGACAUAACCAACGGCUUACUUGCUCACGUACACGGUUAAGGCCUUUGUAAUUGCAGUCUGGCUGCAGACUGAAAGGUUUCUUUGAAGCAUAGUUGAUAUUUGUAACUGGGAUGAAAAGGAACCAAAUGGACACCAGCAAAAUAUGUACAUAGUCAUUUGAUUUCAGACUGGAGGCCAACUAACAGCAACCAACUUGUGCUGGAGACUCAGAUUUGGAGAUCCUCUGAACUUACUCGUAUAUGGCAGAGAAGGAACAUGAAUCAACUGAGGACACGCUUUGCUCCACUUAUAUUGUGUGCGAUAUUCACAUGCGCCACUUAAUUAUGUCCCUUUUCACACCAAGACAUGUUACAUCGUUGUGUUCGAGUGUGCUACUGCGUUUGUGGUCUGUAAUCCACCUUGGUUUCAUACUGUUGAAGACCAGGCUCAAAGCAACCUCUCAUGUUUCCUGUUGUUGAGAGAAGGACUUAAAAAAAGCAACUGAACAAAAGCAGAGAAGUGCUGAGAGUACUUCACUUCCUGUGGAUAGUGUGUUAACAGGAGCGGUCAGACAUGUGGAACGGCAGACUGGCGUCACUGAAUUUCAUGGUUGUUCCUUCAUCUCCUCACCCAAGUGGAGGAAACUGAGAAUUGUGGAGAAAACUGACCAUUGUGAUAGAACGGGCCUUUGGCUGAGAAAUUGCUGCAUUUUCACAUAAAUUUAGUUCCUCUGGCCAGCAAUUUGCAUUAAACUAAGUGCACUGCAGGCAUCAACAUGGUUUUGCUGCUGGGAAUUGACUGUAUGUACAGUUGAAAGGAAAAUGGCCCGGACUUGGAUGUGUGUAUUGGGAAUCAAGAUUCUGAAAACUAGCGGAAACACAAGAGACUGCAGAUGGUGGAAUUUUGAGCAAAAGAAAAACUGCUGGAGGAACUCAGUGGGUCAGGCAGCAUGUGGGGAGUGAAAUGGACAUAGAAACAUAGGUGCAGGAGGAGGCCAUUCAGCCCUUCGAGCCAGCACCGCCAUUCAUUGUGAUCAUGGCUGAUCAUCCCCCAUCAAUAACCCGUGCCAGCCUUCUACCCAUAUCCCUUGACUCCACUAGCCCCUAGAGCUUUCUUAAAUCCAUCCAGUGAUUUGGCCUCCACUGCCGUCUGUGGCAGGGAAUUCCAUAAAUUCACAACUCUCUGGGUCAAAAAGGUUUUUCUCACCUCAGUCUUAAAUGACCUCCCCUUUAUUCUAAGACUGUGGACCCUGGUUCUGGACUCGCCCAACAUUGGGAACAUUUUUUCCUGCAUCUAGCUUGUCCAGUCCUUUUAUAAUUUUAUAUGUUUCUAUAAGAAUACCCCCUCAUCCUUCUAAACUCCAGUGAAUACAAGCCUCGUCUUUUCAAUCUAAAUCACAGAUCACAUGGAUAGUCUGAAAAAGGGUCUGCACCUGAAACAUCUGACCAUUUUCCUCCACAGAUGCUGCCUGACCUGCUGACUUCCUCCAGCACUU